AUGGAAAAAACUGAACUAGUGUCAGAAUUAAAACGCUGGUGCCGUGGUGAGGGUUUGGAUGAGACGCAUGCACUUAUGACCAUCGUCCCAGAAGAUGUGGAAAUCAGUGAAGUGGAAGAAACACUGGAAACUAUUAAGUCUUUAGGACGGGUGCGUGUCCGUGGGAGAAACUUCAGUGCAAGACUACACCGACGGAUGGUUUUGUGUGAGAGUAGAGAGACUGUGCAAGAGGAGAGUGUUCCUACUGAAGUUGUGCCUAUUGAUGGUGGAGAGGCAUGGCCUGUUAUCAUCCUAGGAGGGGCACAGGCAGCUGCUGAAGGGUUUAAUAGUAAACUAAAAGGGUUGUUGCAGGCUGAAGGAAAAACCAUGGAGGACCUCAAAUCAUUAUUCCCCAGUACACCCCCUCCCACUAGCUCCACUGAAUCCAUCCUUCGUGCUGUUGGAGAUUUGUUGGAAAAGACAGCCAAACCAGCUGAUGGUGGGAGUUAUGGUCGACUACGUAUGUUCUCGGGGGCCCUGCCAAUGCCACCAGGUGAGGAACCAUUUGAUCAUUGGCUAGAGCAAGCAUCACUUAUGGUGGAGGAGACUGAAUGCUCUGAUAGAGAAAAAAGACGCAGAAUUAUUGGAAGUUUAAAGGGGCCCGCACUAGAAAUUGUGAAAGCAGUGCGGCACGCCAAUCCUGAAGCCAGCCCAAAAGAGUGCUUGGAAGCCCUUGAAAGUGCUUUUGGAAGUGCUGAGUCCGGUGAUGAUCUCUACUUUGCUUUCCGAUUGAUGCAACAGCAAAAAGGAGAGAAACUGUCAGAUUUCCUUCGACGUCUUGAGAGGUCUCUAGCUAAGGUGAUUCAAAGAGGUGGUCUCCCUGCUAGCGGCAAGGAUCAAGCCCGACUGGAGCAACUGCUGAGGGGUGCUAUCAGCCUCAGACCUGAUGCUGAUCCAGCUGCGCUUGAGAGAAAGGAAGGCUGCACCCCAAACUUUCUACAGCUGUUGACUGAGAUUCGUGCUGAGGAAGAGUACUGA